GUGUCUCCGCUGGCAGGCUGCUGUGAGGAAGGCGAGCUGCUCUUCCUCCUCCUCCGGGCUCGCCUAGGCGGGGCAGCCGAGGGGAAGGAAGCCAGCAGCGCGACGACUGCGAGAAGAUGGGGCUGCAGGCCAAGGCAGGGAGGUGCUCAGGGCCCAGCCAAGAGGAGAGCCGGGCAGUGGCCUCGCCAGGGGGGCAGCUGGCCCUCUACAGCCAUCGCAAAUAGCAGAAAAUCAUGGAACUCUGAGGUUCUGCCUGGCUACAGGCGUGGGUGGGCUUGGCAUUGCAAGGGUUAAAGGGAACCGAGCUGCCUUCCUAGAGUGGCCAGGAAGCAAGGGGGGCAGGUCCUCCAGAGCCAAGGCCCCUCCCUCCCCAGUCCUUUCCUGCUUGGGUGUCUCUCCUGCAAGGGCUGCCUCGCUCUCCCCUCCUGGGAUCUGGUAUAUCAUGGUUUGGGCUCUGGUGCCGUCCAGUCCUGAUUCCUGGCAAGACUCAUCCAUGCUUGUUCAGGGAUCUGUUUCUUCUCCUGACCUACAAAUUCUGUAACAGAACAAUGUAUUUGCUUUGUAGGAUUUGCUAGAGCUUCUCAUUAAGACGGACAGAACUUGGCAGAAGACCAAAGGGUACCUUCUGAUCUCUCAGAGGCUUCCUGAGAGCACAGAUGGAUGAGCAAGACCCAGCUGGCCCUGAAGAAGGAAGAGGCCAUGCCAACCAAACUGGGAGCAGUGGGGGAUUCUGGGAAAACUCUGGGCAGAAGAUCCUGGGUGAGGAGGACACCCUCCGCUCAGAGGUGCAGAGCCAGCAGGUGAGGCAGUUCUGCGUCCAGGAGGCCAAAGGACCCCGAGAGGUUCGUAGCCGACUCUACCACCUUGACCGUCAGUGGCUGAAGCCAGACAGGCACACAAAAGCUGAGAUGCUGGACCUGGUGAUCUUGGAGCAGUUCCUGGCUGUCCUUCCACUGGAGAUGGAGAGCUGGGUGAGGGAGUGUGGAGCGGAGACCAGUUCCCAGGCAGUGGCCCUGGCUGAAGGUUUCCUCCUGAGUCAGGCAGAGGAGACGAAGCAGGCAGAGAGAAAGCAGGGAAAUGAUCGUUUUGCAGAAAUGGACCUGGAUUCCUGUGAGGCAGAGAGGCCUUCGUUGGACACCAGAGAGAGGCCACCAGAUGGCAGAAGGAUGCCAGCAGGACCUCCCUACCCACCUUUUCAUGGGGGCAGAAGGGAAGCAGCGGCUGUGGAACCAGAUCAGGUUUCAGUGUGCUUUGAAGAUGUCGCUGUUCGUUUCACGGAUGAGGAGUGGGCGUUGCUGGAUCCUGACCAGAGAGCUCUGCAUAAGGACGUCAUGGAGGAGAAUCGUGGGAUCGUGGCCUCUCUUGAUUGUGAUGAAUUGGAAAUCGAGAACAAGGGUGACCACAACAAAAUCCCCAUAAAGGAGAAGCCACAUCAAAAUGUGGAGUGUGGAGACAGCUGCAGUCAGAGCUCCCAUCUCACUUACCAUCAGAGAAUUCAUAGAGGGGAGAAACCCUAUCAGUGUGGGGAAUGUGGAAAGAGCUUCAGGAGGAGCUCCCAUCUCACUUCCCAUCAAAGAAUUCAUACAAGUGAGAAACCCUAUCAGUGUGUGGAAUGUGGAAAAAGCUUCAGUCACAGCGACAUUCUCAGUAAGCAUCAGAGAAUUCAUACAGGGGAAAAACCCUAUCAGUGCAUGGAAUGUGGAAAGAACUUCAGGAGGAGCUCCCAUCUCAUUUCCCAUCAAAAAAUUCAUACAGGGGAGAAACCCUAUCAGUGUGUGGAAUGUGGAAAGAGCUUCAGUCAGAGCCACAGUCUCAGUUUUCACCAAAGAAUUCAUACAGGUGAGAAACCCUAUCAGUGUGUGGAAUGUGGAAAGAGCUUCAGGAAGAGCUCCGAUCUCACUUACCAUCAAAGAAUUCAUGCAGGGGAGAAACCCUAUCAGUGCAUGGAAUGUGGAAAGAGCUUCAGUCAGAGCUCCCAUCUCACUGCGCAUCAAAGAAUUCAUACAGGGGAGAAACCACAUCAGUGUGUGGAAUGUGGAAAGAGCUUCAGUCACAGCCACAGUCUCACUUUCCAUCAAAGAAUUCAUACGGGAGAGAAACCCUAUCAGUGUAUGCAAUGUGGAAAGAGCUUCAAUAAGAACUCCAAUCUCACUUCCCAUCAAAUAAUUCAUACAGGGGAGAAACCCUAUCAGUGUCUGGAAUGUGGAAAGAGCUUCAGGAAGAACUUCACUCUUAUCUCCCAUCAAAGAAUUCAUACAGGGGAGAAACCCUAUCAGUGUGUGGAAUGUGGAAAGAGCUUCAGUCAGAGCUCCCAUCUCACUAGGCAUCAGAGAAUUCAUACAUAGUUUGGAAAAACCCUUCAGUAUAGCUUUAGACAUCAGGCUAAUAUGCACCUUUUUAAGUAGACCUUUGGCUGAUUGACAUCUAAUGUCCUUUUAAAAUGUUGGGAGGGGGGUUACAGAUGUGUAUUUUUUGUUUUUAUUUUGUCUUUUUAUGUCGUAACCGUCCUUAGACCUGGGGGUGUAGGGAUUAGGAGCCAACUUUUAGAGGCCAAGGGUUCUUUGCCCCCCCAAUAAAAUAUUUGAGGGGGCAUCCACCCAGUUGAUAGGCAUUGCCAUUCCAAUGGCACGCAUGCAUCAUGUGAUUGAUUGUGCAAGGCGGGCCUUACCUGAUCCCCCCACCAAUAUUUCAUUUCAGUUGGCACUGCUGGGUAGGGGGGUAUACAAAUUAAAUGCAUGAACCGCCUUCCUUUGCACAUGUUCCAGCUUGUCAAUAUCCUUAUUUCUAAUCAUUUUUAAAUUUUAUGUGCCCUUCGUCUGAAGAUUUCACAAUAUAAACAUACAGGACGAAAGCAUGGCCUUCUCAAAAACAAGUCAAGCCAGAGAAAUCUCUCCUCCCCUUCUUUUGGAUGGAGUUAAAAUCUUUGUUGAUCAGGGGACAGCUGUGGAAAUAGUGCAUCUUGAUUUCAAUAAGGCUUUUGACAAAAUCCCCUGUGAUAUUUAUGUGAAGAAGCUGGUAAAAUGUCGGCUGAACAAGGUAACUGUUAGGUGGAUUUUGCUGACGUAACCUGAACAGUACUCUUUCAUGGUUCCUCACCUUCCUGGGGAAAAGUGACAAGUGGGGUGCUGCAACACGUACCUGGUGCCGGUGGACUUGACCCAAUCCUGUCAGCAGUUGCUGGUGGAUGAGGCCACCAUUGAGGCACAGACGAUUGUAAAGCACAGGGGCACGUUCUGGGUCAAGCAACAGCAAUUCAGCAUCAACGUGGCGCUAGGCAUCUUCCAGAAUCUAAUGGACUCUCUCCUCAAAGGGGUUCCCGGUGUCACUCUCUUCUUCAAUGAUGUGUUGAUUGCUGGGCCCAUGCCAAAGGAGUUCAGGGUCUGCCUCUGCACUGUCCUGCACUGUUUCCAGACUGCUGGGCUCUAGAUGAAGCAGGAAAAGUGUCUACUAGGAGUGCCCCAGGUGGACUUUCUGGGAUUUACGAUGGAUGCAGAUGGGGUCCACCCGACUGGGAACAAGGUGCAGGCCAUUUGCGACACCCUGGCACCUAAGGGUAAGGCCGAACUCCAGGCCGCCUUGGGUCUAUUGAACUUUUACCACGCCUUCCCUUCUCAUAAGGCGGCGGUAGCGGAACCCCUACACAGGCUCCUAGACGAGCAGCCCUCGUGGGUGUGGGGGCAGUGCCAGGGGGCCACAUUCCAGGCAGUCAAGGACUUGCUCAUCUUGAACUCGGUCCUGGGGCACUUUGACGAGAGGCUGCUGGUGGUGCUGGCAAGCAACAUCUCGCCCUAUGGCAUUGGCGCCAUCCUGGGGCACCAGCUUUCAGAUGGGAGAGAAGUGCUGGUGGCGUACUUUUCCCAGAUCCUCACCGCAGCUGAGCAGAACUACUCGCAAAUUGACAAGGAGGGUCUCGCAAUCAUGAAGGGAGUAAAGUGUUUUCAUGA